AUGACAGGCCAGGUGCUGGAGAGUGCCGACCUGACGGUGUACCGGCUCUCAGUCAAGACCUCAAUGGAGGACGAGUCCGACAGAGCUGACAGCAUGCUGAGCCACAGGCCCUCGGUAAAUGACGACACGUCCUCGGAGCUGCAGAGGGUCGGGGUGAUCGAGCCGCGGGGACUUCACUCCCAAAGCUCCUUCAGGGGAAGAGGAGCCCUGUCCAGGUUGGUGAGUAUGGUUGUGACGCUGCGUGACUGGGCACAUAAGAGUCUGCAUGAGGAGGAGGAGCGUCCCGAUUCCUUCCUGGAGCGUUUCCGAGGCCCCGAGCUCCACAUGGCCCCCAGUCGCAUCAGCACCACCGGCCCCGAUCACGACGCCGCAGACGCCAACGCCAAAAUCAAGAAGAAGUCUGAUGUGUUCGUCCUGGCCCCUGCAGAUGACCUGUAUUACCGCUGGCUCUUUGUCAUCGCAGCUGCUGUGCUUUACAACUGGUGCCUCCUGGUGGUCAGGGCCUGCUUUGAUGAGCUGCAGACCAAUGGCUUCAUCCUGUGGCUGGUGAUGGACUAUGUGUCGGACGCCAUCUACAUACUGGAUGUGUGUGUCAGGCUACGCACAGGGUUCUUGGAGCAGGGCUUGCUGGUGAAGGACCUCACCAAGCUCCGGGACAGCUACGUGCGCACGCUGCAGUUCAAACUGGAUGUGUUGUCCAUCCUGCCCACGGACCUGGCCUACAUCGCGCUGGGCGUCCACACUCCCCUCCUCCGCUUCAACCGCCUGGCGCGCUUCUCGCGCAUGUUCGAGUUCUUCGACCGCACCGAGACGCGCACCAACUACCCCAACAUGUUCCGCAUCUCCAACCUGGUCCUCUACAUCCUGGUCAUCAUCCACUGGAAUGCCUGCAUCUACUUCGCCAUCUCCAAGUCGCUGGGGUUCGGCUCGGACCAGUGGGUGUACCCCAACAUCUCCGACCCCGAGUUCGGGACGCUGACGCGCAGCUACGUCUACUGCCUGUACUGGUCCACGCUGACGCUCACCACCAUCGGGGAGAUGCCCGCGCCGGUGCGCGACGAGGAGUAUCUCUUCGUGGUGUUUGACUUCCUGGUCGGGGUGUUGAUCUUUGCCACCAUCGUGGGCAACGUGGGUUCCAUGAUCUCCAACAUGAACGCCACGCGUGCCGAGUUCCAGGCCCGCAUCGACGCCAUCAAGCACUACAUGCAGUUCCGCAAGGUCAGCAAGGAGCUGGAGGCGCGCGUCAUCAAGUGGUUUGACUACCUGUGGACCAACAAAAAGGCCGUGGACGAGCAGGAUGUACUGAAGAACCUGCCCAACAAGCUGCGCGCAGAGAUCGCCAUCAAUGUCCACCUGGAGACCCUCAAGAAAGUGCGCAUCUUCCAGGACUGUGAGGCGGGGCUGCUGGUGGAGCUCGUCCUGAAGCUCCGCCCACAGGUCUUCAGUCCUGGAGACUACAUCUGCCGCAAGGGCGACAUCGGCAAGGAGAUGUACAUCAUCAAGGAGGGACGGCUGGCGGUGGUGGCGGACGACGGCGUGACCCAGUAUGCGAUGCUGACUUCGGGCAGCUGCUUCGGCGAGAUCAGCAUCCUUAACAUCCGCGGCAGCAAGAUGGGCAACCGGCGCACGGCCAACAUCCGCAGCAUCGGCUACUCCGACCUCUUCUGCCUGUCAAAGGACGACCUGAUGGAGGCCGUCAUGGAGUACCCCGACGCCAAGAAGGUGCUGGAGGAGCGUGGCAAAGAGAUCUUAAAGAAGGAGGGCCUGCUGGAGGAGCUGAGUGGUGGUCUCUUGGCGGAGGAAGUGGAGGAGAAGGUGGAGCGACUGGAGGCCUCCCUGGACGUGCUGCAGACGCGUUUCGCCCGGCUGCACGGCGAGUACACCUCCACACAGCAGCGGCUGAAGCAGAGGCUGACCGUGCUGGAGCGACAGCUGCGCUACUCGGGCAGCGGCUUCCUGUCUGACGGGAACGAGAGCGCCGUGGAUGGAGAUGGAGCCUACAGCGAAGUGAACAUUCGUUUCUGAGCGAAGGGCGACGCGAUGGGCUGGUGACAUGAGCACAGCAGCAGGACUUUGGUGUCUGUGUUUCAUCCAAAUCUGUUCAACAUUGGAGGGCUGAUGUAAAUAAA